UUUGAUAGUUUACAGUGCAGUAUUUUAUGUGGUUUGUUGUUUUUCUUUCUAGCCAUUCACAGCAAUGGACAGUGAUGGUAAUUGUGGGCCAGGAGGGCCGAAGAUUAUGGUAUUUCGUCCCACAUAUGAAGAAUUUAAAGAUUUUUCCAAGUAUAUUGAUUAUAUGGAAUCAGUUGGAGCACACAAAGCUGGUUUGGCCAAGGUGAUCCCACCUCCUGAAUGGAAACCACGCAAAGCUGGAUAUGAUGUGGAUGACAUCAACAUCAACAUACCAGCUCCUAUCUGUCAGGUUGUAGAUGGAAAACCAGGAUUGUACACUCAAAUUAAUGUACAGAAAAAGGCAAUGACUGUGAAAGAAUACCAUGACAUGGCCACAAGUCCCAGAUACAAGACACCAAAUCACUUUGAUUAUGAGGAUUUGGAACGCACGUACUGGAAGAAAAUUAUGUAUGGAUCACCUAUCUAUGGUGCCGAUGUGUCAGGUUCUCUAACAGAUCAAGAUGUUAAUAUUUGGAACAUCAACCACCUGGGGACGAUUUUAGAUUAUGUGAAUGAAGAUUAUGGUAUCAGCAUAGAUGGUGUAAAUACAGCAUACCUAUAUUUUGGAAUGUGGAAAACAACAUUUGCUUGGCACACAGAGGACAUGGAUUUGUACAGUAUCAAUUACUUGCAUUUUGGUGCACCAAAGACCUGGUAUGCUAUUCCUCCUGAACAUGGUCGUCGCUUUGAACGGCUAGCAAAUGGAUUCUUUCCAGAGGCAUCAAAAAUAUGUCCAGCAUUUCUCCGUCACAAGAUGUCGCUCAUCUCUCCACAAGUGAUGAAGAAGUAUUACAUUCCCUUCAAUAAGAUCACACAAGAGGCAGGUGAGAUCAUGAUCACUUUUCCAUAUGGGUACCAUGCAGGAUUCAAUCAUGGAUUCAACUGUGCAGAAUCUACAAACUUUGCAACACCACGCUGGGUUGAAUAUGGAAAGAGGGCUUCACAGUGUUCCUGCAGAGGUGACAUGGUGAAAAUCAGUAUGGAUACAUUCGUGAAGCGGUUCCAGCCAGAUCGCUAUCAUCUGUGGCUGCAGGGAAAGGAUGUGGGUGCCCAUCCUGAAGAUCCCUCCCGGCAGUAUGCUGCUCCACCCCCUACGCAGCGAGAUGUUCUAGUUAAUAAGAAUAAUCCAGUUCUCCCACAGUCAUUCUUAGAGGCUCCAAAGAAGAACCCUAAGCGCCACCCAAUUCAUAAGAAGAAAGGACCUGGGACAGCUGCAGGAGAGGAUGUACUUCUUUCUAUUGAUCGAGCAGAUUUGGAAGAGCUGGAAGGAAUACCACCAGAUGUGCAGAAAGUUCUUGAAGAAAUGGACCUUGAGGAAGAAGUGCCAGAUGAGGACACAUUAGAAGUUCUUGAAGACAUCUGGCUGAAAGCUGGUGAAAUAGAUAUGAAUGAGGCCACAGUCUACAGUGAGUUACGUAAGAAACAUGCAAGGAAACGUAAGCGCCCAUCAAACUCUGAUGGUUCAGAACAGAACAAGCCUCGUAAGAAGCGGCCCAGGGUGGAAGUCAUCAAUAUGAGUUCAGAUUCCAUAAUUUCAUACCCAGAGACAGAGAUGAGCAGCAUUCCAGAUAGCAGCACUGAUAACAGUCCAGGCAUUAGAAAACUCAAAAUCAAGCGAGUUAAGAGUGUGAAGCAGCGAAAUGAAGCGGACAACAGUGAAACAGAUGAGAAGACCUUAGGAGAUGACAGGGUCUUGGAUGACGCAAAGAAGAGGUCAGGUGGUGAUGGACGGAGAAAGUCGCAGUCUGGGCACCCAGGCAAGAAACAGAAGUCCACCAGUACCAUUGGGAGCCGAAUUAUGGCAGUUCCUUUCAUCAGCCAAGUUGCAGGACAGGUUGUGGGACAUGUUGCAGCCCAGGUGCCAGUUCCAGGUCCAGUCUCUGGUCAGAUCUUGAUGAAUGCCCCGGUUACCAGCCACAUUAUGCCCCGUGUUCAGGGCUUGAUCAUGGGCCAAGGCCUGUCCUCUAAUCAGACACCAAUUAGGAGUCAGAUAUUUCCCACACAUCAGAUCCUGGUCAAAGGACAAGUUAAGCCAAGGGGCCCAAUACUUGUUAAAGGCCAUAUUGGGCCCAGAGGUCAGAUUCCAUUCACAUCUGCAGGGCCAAUUCAAGUCACUGGCCAGAUCUUGGGGCAAAUAUCAGGUCAUGUCAAAUCUGGUAAUUAUGUGCCAGGAUUGAGCCAAGUUCCAGCCUCUACCAAGGAUCAGGUGAAGACAUUUGGACUUGUCAGUGGUCAAGUUAUGGCUCAUGAAUUUAUUUCAGUGGCUGUAUUACCAGGAUCUCAGUCUUCAGUAAAGAUACUGCCAGAACCAGAAUCUUCAUUGGCUCUGUUACCAGAAACAGAAUCUUCCAAGUCUGUGUUACCAGGGUCUCAAUUUGAAGUACGAACACCAACUGGAGAUGUCAAAAUGCAGUUAGCAGUGUCCAAAUCUGGUGCGCCUCAUUCUAGAGCUGGUCAGGUCUUCACAUCACCAUCCCGAAAUUCAGGACCUGUUACUGGAAAUCAGCCCAUUGCGUGUUCUCCAUCAAAAUCUGUGGGUUACCUGGAUGAAUAUGUCAGAUUUAUGCAGACUAAUAAGAAGAGUCGAACAUAUUACAAAAGGCGUGAGUUACUAGACAGUGGUGAAAAUAAGGAUAACCUUGCAGGUGGCAAACAGGAAACCACAAUUAGUAAUGAAGACACUGGGCAAAGGGAAACCAUCAAGAUGGAGGAUGUCGGCAAGAAUUCUGUAGUUGAAUUUGGCAGUCACGUUGCAAAAGGUACUUAUGUUUCAAACCAGGGCUCAGCUGUGAAAUCUCUUGGGAAUUCACAAACAUGCAGUUCUCUAAGUAGUAUUCAGAAUUCUGCAGUGGCUGCUGAGAGCUUAGAUAGACAUAGCAUAGUAGAACUGAAACAUUACAUUGUUAAAACUGAUAAGACUGAAAACGAUGAGAGUGAAUGUGAACAGUCUGUGAAGAUGAAGAUUGGAAGUAGGGAAAAUGGAGCUGAAGGAAUUAAAACUGAAAAAAUUGAAGCUGAAAUGAUGGGAACUGAAAAGAUUGAAACUGAAACAGUUUCUGUUUCUGUGACCAAUACAGUAGCAACAAUGAUGACAACACCUACAUUUGUUUCUGGAGUAGAAUGUGACAGAUUGAAUAGAAUGCAGAUUCCUGUGACAGGUUUGGCAUCAGCUUCAGGUUUGUCAGAAAUAGAAUCACAUAAGAAAGUGAUAAAUGCAGUAGAUGGGUUGUUAGAAUUGAAGAAGCAGGGUGUUGGUACAUCUGCUGGAAUUCAAGAUGCAGAUUCUCAUUCCCUGCAGGAGACAAUGGCAGCUCUGCACAAAUGUAGAGAAGUCAGUGUGACUCCAGUCUCUAGCCUUCACAAACCAAAGCUGAGUUAUGAUGUGAAGCUGGACACAGGUCAGAUUUCCACCCACCUUUCAGACAACAAAGUGUCUAAUAGUCCAGCAGUGCCAACUGCAAGCACGAGCAGUACCGUUUCUGAACACACCGCUAAUGUAUUUAAGGCAGAAAUUCCUUGCACAAGUUCAAAAAUGGAAAAGUCAAAAUGUGAACCUAAACCUCAGACUGAGUUUCGGAUCCAGAUAAACCGCAAGAAUGAAGUGUACUUAUGUAACACUGAGACAGGUGAAAUAAAGCCCUUACACAGAGUGAAACCUGCUAAAAAGAGCUGUCGGCCCAACCAAAGGGCCACUUAUGAACUUGAUCAACCUAGCAAUGUCUCCACAAAUUCAAAGAGUAUGUCCUUGGGGCCACCUCUCCAUUCAGUGCAAGUUGCUGCAUCUGAACAAGAUACACUCCGUGAGAUGACAAACACAGGUGUGAAAUCAGAAGAGUCCCAGCAGUUUACAAAGACUUCCCAUGUUGAUGUUUCAGUUUCAGGAAUGUCUGGUACUUCAUCUUAUAUUCCAAAGCCAAGUUCAUCCCGGUUGGUAUCAAAACCUGACAAUAUUACAUUCCCACACAAACCCGUUACUUCGUCUGUUUCAAAACUGAGCCAGUCUGAGUUGGUGGUGAAGCCCAGCCAGAUGAAUAAACCAAACAUGUUCGCCACUCCUCCCCAUGUUUCCAAGGUAGUAAUAACAAGGAAGCCUACAUCAGCUCUGCCAUUGUCCAUUAAAGAGCAGAGCACAGCAAUUGUGACAACAAAUCGGAAGCCAAACCGAAGAAAGCCAAAGUACAUCAUACAUAAUGCACAUGGCAAGAUGUCUCGUUAUACUACUGAACUGCAAGAGGCUCUGGAAUCUUGUGUUGAAAGCAUGUUGGCAACAGACAGAGAUGAUAAUUCUGUCACACUGUUUGGACAUGAUAAUACUUCUGACAAGUCUCUCCCAGGUCUCCAAAAGGGGAACAUUCCAACAUCUGAUGUGACCAGUAGCAACAACAAGCCACAAAUGACUCAGCCGGACAAGCAUUGUCCAUCACUUGGACAUGAGGUGAUAUUGGAGAAGACAACUGAUACCACACCACCAUCACUUGAAGUAUCUCCUCCUUUGCUUGAGCCAGCCAUUUCUCACCAGUUGACUUCCAGUGGCGAGGAGGGAAGUAGCCAGCCUCCUCAGUUAACACCAGAGAAUAAUACAAGUAUUAAGACUGCCAGCACUGCACACAUCACUGCAAAGAACCGAAAAUGUCCUGGAUAUCUGCAGGAUAUACUGCAAAAUGCACCUCCAAAUCUUAAGCUAGAGAAGGCAUUCAACAAUUACUGGAGCCGGGCAGCCCCAUUUUGCUCAUUAUGUACAGCAUUCAGCAGAGGCAAGGGAUGUGGUGGUGGUAUGCCUGCUGACUGGAAGUACUCUGACCCUGUUGAGAAGCCAUCAACAAGUCCAGUAUGGCUUUCCUCAAGUCACUUUGUAACUUAUAAGGAUUUGAAUAACGUGGCUCUGAGCAAGCGCGGGACAGAUGGUGGGGACAAUUCUCUCCUUCUAAGUUGUCGUGACUGUGGCGUGUGUGUGCACUCAGGCUGCUAUGGUGUGACAGUACUGCCAUCUUCUGCUGAUCGUAUAGAUUGGACAUGUGACAAAUGUCGUUCUGGCAUGCAUCAUGUGUAUUGUUGCCUCUGCUAUGUGAGGGGUGGAGCUUUGAAACGUACAACAGAUGCCCGUUGGGCUCACAUACUGUGUGCUCUGCUGCUGCCUGGGGUUGCAUUCAAGGACUCUGUGUGCAAGGAACCCAUCAGUGUAUUAUCUGUCAGUAAAUCAAACAUUGAGAUUGAGUGCAUGUUUUGUGGAAAUCGGUGUGGUGCAUGUAUUCAAUGCAACCAUGCUAGGUGUCAGAACAUGUUCCACCCCAUGUGUGCAUUGCUGUCUGGUGCACAGUUCCAUAUUUCUCCUUGGAGUAAUAACUCCACUCAGAUGAGUGUUUCAUGUAAAGGUCAUGCACACAAGCAUGACAAGAUCUGUAGCAUUCACAAAGGGCAGAUGGUAUGGGCUCGUCACAAGAACAGGCGCUACUACAAAGGACGGAUUGCCAGUAUUUCAGAAAUCCAGUUCUAUAUGGUUCUGUUUUCUGAUGGCUCUUUUAGUGAUGAUCUAUAUCCAGAAGACAUUACAAAUUUUUCAUGUGCAAGAGAUGGUCCACCACAUGUAGGUGCAGUUGUGGAGGUCCUGUGGAGUGAUGGCAGGAAGUACAAUGGCCAGUUCCGAGGUACCAACCACCAGCUCAUGUUCACAGUUGCUUUUGAAGACAGUUCUCAGCUCACACUGAAACGUGAGUCAAUCUACAGUUUGGAUGAAGACAUGCCCAAGAGGGUGAAAGGACGCUUGUCAGUAGCUACAGCAAUGAGGCAUGAGGGUCAUCUAGCAGCCACACCUGACCUGUCAGGACAGCAGCGUGUUAACAGAGGUACCAACCCAAGAUACAGUAGUGCUAACCAAGUAGGCAUCAAGAAUUCAAAAUAAGUUGUCUUUAAUACUGCAACAAAAGAUUUCUCUUUUGUGGGAACACUACGUAUAGUAAUAGUGGUGAUAAAAAUAUUAUACUUUUCUAAAUGUAGGACUUGAUUAAAAAUAUAAUUUUCAGUUUUGGAACAUGAGAAAACGCUUUUAUUAUUCUUUCUUAUGGUGAGAUAAAACAGUGUGAUCAGUUCUUCAUUCUCUGAAAGACGUACGGCUGCUGGGACAUCUUGGUCGUGUUCAAGCUGAAAAUGUUGGAAGAUGGCAGCAUAAGCAUGUAAGUGUUGUGAGUAGUGUGCUAAUUGUUAUGUUAAGAAUUGAACUUCUAAGUAGAGUCUGAAACAAAUAAAGACUUCUUAGGACUGUUUGAUAGUUUUGACUGUUAAGUAGGGAGAAUAAACUAAAAAAAUGUAAGUUUGAAAUAUAAAGUGCUUUGUCAUAAUUGUGAUGGCUAAUGAAAUGGCUUGAAAAAGUAACAAACUAUCAUUUCAGUAGUUAGAAAGAUUUCCACAACAUACCAUGAAUCAUAGUGUUAUUUAUUGUAUGCAGUUGAGCGGAUGUUUGUGUGAUUCUUCACAUGCCAGGUGUGAGAGGUGUGCAUAAUUUUUUUUAUGAAAAAUGGAUAAGUGAACCAUAACUACCCUUACCAGAUUUUGUGCCGUCACAAAGGGAUUGUGUAAAUUAGUUUUGUUCUGAUUUAAUUUAUUGAGUUGUAUAAAAACAUUGAAGCCUCAAAUAAUGUAUGUUUUUCACCAAGUUGCACAAGUUGCAAAAUGUUCAAAAUCUAUUUUGCUACUUGGAAAAGGUUCUAGGUAAGUUCUGACAAGUGUAUUAAUUCUUGGGGGGGGGGGGCGCCUUUCAUCCCUUUGUAUUUAGUAGGUCUGUACCUAACUAGCAUAGUGAAGUCAGUCUUAAGUAAUAUUUUAGAAAAUUUGUCUAAAUUUGUGGAUCCUUCUCCUUACCAAGUUUAAUUAAAUUCUUUUGCAAUAUGUGCAGUAAGUGGUAGAAAUGCUAAAUUUGUGUAGAAUUAUUUGGAAUAAGAAGUGCAUUGGAAUUAUAUGCAUGUAAUGAAGAAAUAAUAGUCUCUUUGAUCCAGAAAUUGAUUAUACGUAAUUCUGAAGGAUGACAUAAAGUACCACUCAUACAUUUUCCUGUUAAAAUAUCUGACAGUGAAGUGUUAGUAAUACGUGGUAUAUUUCCAAAACUGUUGUCAACUAGGAUAUGUUAUGUAAUAGUUUGCAGGAUUUUGCUACAGAUUUCCAAAAAUGACUUCAAAUAGUAUUAUAAUUUGCCAACAGAAUUUUGUGAAGUUCAUUAAACAUCUGUAACAUUACCUGUGCUUCUGUUUAUAAAUUUGUUAACUACGUUCAGCUGUGUCAGUUUUAUACAACACUAGAACUGUAUUUACCUACUACUAUCAAAAGAAGCAAGGAGAGCAUGCAACCAUCUCUAAAUCUAGUUGCAAAAUAACCUCAUGUGGCAUGUGAUAUGUAACUUGAUCAUCUCAAUGUUAAAAAAGAGAGCUGUAAUGUGAAAGAUGUGGUAGAUACCAUUUGAUGUAAUUUGUGAACUGCAGUGUAAUAUCUAUACAGCAGUAAAAUGUAUAGACAGUGGCAUAGCUUGUUUGGUUAACAAAAAAGCAAGUUACGAAAGUCCACUGACAUCUGAGGACAGCACAGCCCCUAAACUUUAUUUAGUUUAAAAUUAAGAACAGGGAAAUUGUGAGAAAAUUAAUAUAAUUAACAGAAGGCCAUCUCUCAUAUUUUUUUCAUUUGGUAAUCAAUUUUUAUGUAGCUAAGCUGUUUUUUCUUCUUUAAAAUCUGGCACCAUCAUUUCAGAAGUGUGUGCCAUUUAAACUCUGGGUUGAUUUGAUUACCUCGCUUUCAGACUGUUCAUAUGUGAAGAAACAUUGUCUUGUAAUUGGUUAUAUGCAGUAAAUUUUUUAGUGAAUUCCACAUUACAUGCAGUAACUUCUGUGCACUCCAAGCAUAUUUUCAUAUUGAAGUUUUAUAAAGGGAGAAGGCUGAAAAUAUGUAAUAAAUCUUUCAAAUACAUACAUGAUGUAAUAGUUUUGCAUGAAACCGGAACAUCUUUUUAUGAAUUUUGGCUGCUAUAGAAGUUAGUGGUUUUAGAAACACUUUACUUUUCAUCAUGUACAUUGGUCAGUCUUUUUACUGCUUCAUGUCUGUUUUUCAUUCAUCUGAAUUAAUUUCUUAUGCAUAUGUCUCUGUAAGAAACCUUGGUCUUGUAUGUGAAUAAAUAACCACACAUUACUCUUACAGUGGCAGUAUUACAGGUGUCAAAUAUUUGUAUGUCAUAAUAUUAAGAUUACCAACUUUUUAGUACAUUAAUAAUUAUCAUGUAAAACACCUUU